CCCCACCCCCCCCAUCAGAUCUCGUCGAAAUCAUAGAGAGAGAGAGGGGGGGAGAGGAUCGUAGAGAAAGAGAGAAGAUGGUGGGCCCCGCUUACGACUUCCUGCAGAACCCUCUCGGCGCCGUUCGCGCGAACGGCAAGGACUGGGGCGCCGUCGAUCUCUUCAACAGCUUCCUCUUCGAACAGAACGGACUCUCUCAGGUUCCUAUUCUCAAUCAGUCUAAUCUUCGCUGGAUAAAGCCCAAUACUCUGGUGAGAAUCAGAGGAAUGGUUCAAGAUAUGUUUGGAAAUGAAUUAUAUGUUGGCGCUUUUAAGGAUGGUUCGGCUUGGAGAACAAAUAAAUUCUCAGAUGUUGCUUCGUAUCCAAUGCCUUCUGCAUGUGAAUCACGCCUAUGGGAGCGUCGAUUGUUUCACUGCAUUCCCGUUCCAGGACAGAAUUCAUGGACGGUGGAGCCUUCCGUGAACCAAAAUGUCAGAUACAUAGAUAAUGGCAGUACAUCUCAACAUACAGAAAAGCGCCAGAGAGACACUAGCCUUGACAGCAUGAACUCAAAUGUUUCAUAUAAUCAGACAGAUUCAGAUUCUUGCAGCAAGAAGAAGAAGGAGGGUCAGCAUUAUUGUCAGUCAUCAAAUUCAUCUGAGGAACUGAUGAAUCAAGAUUGCAGUUCAGUUCCAAGGAGCGAAAGUUCUGAUGCUACCUCCUUUUCUUGUUUAGUUAAGGUCUAUGAUAUGCCAGAGGGCCACAUAAAACUCCAUGAUGUAUUUGAGUUCAUAGGAGUCUACACAUUUGAUCCUGAGCUUGCUGUUCAUAAGGAUGCUCAUGAUGAUUCAAUGUAUGACCUCAUGGAAGAUGAUAUCUUGGCUCAUCUACCUCCUAGUAAGGUGCCACGUGUUCAUUGCUUGAUAUCCCGGAAGUUGUCCAUGCGAGAUUUUUUGUCCAAUUCUCAAGUUACCGAGCCUCUGCCCAACAUAGUUAAGGGGAUUCGUGAAUCCUUUAUUGGACAUCUGACAUCAGUUCUUGGCAAUGAUGGUUUAGCAGCACAAUGUGUAUUGUUGCAUCUUCUGUCACAGCUCCGGGCUAGAUCUGAUUGGAUUGCUGUGGGAAAGUUGUCUCUAAACUUGAUUAGUUUCACCAGAGAGAGUGCAUCCAUCUUUGGGAAUCGACUUGUCGAUACAAUCCAGAAGGUCUUGCCUUUCUCUCAAGCAAUUCCUCUUAGUGUGGAGUAUCUUAACACUGCAAAACUUCAACCUAAGAAAGACAAUCAAACAGGAAGGUUGGUUGGUGGAGUCCUGCAGUUAGCCCAAGGCACUCACUUGACAAUCGAUGAGACCCAAUUGCAGGCUGGUGUACUUAAUUCUAAUGGCAUAGAGAAUACAAGAUUGCUAAAGCAUUUAAUGGAAUGGCAAAAGGUGGAAUAUGAUUUUGAGUUUUAUAAGCUGGAAAUGGCUGUUGAAGCCCAAAUGCUCAUCCUUUCCGAAGGAAAAUCCAACAUUUUGCCUGCUGAUCUCGUGUUACCUUUUAGACCCACUUCUAUCUCUUCUGAAGUGCUACCAAGCACUGAACAGCUGCAAGCUUGGAGGUGGUAUCUUGCCACCUUAAGGUCACUCCCAUACUCUAAUGGACCAGAAAUGCUCCAGAUGGUGCAGGAUGAAAUGGUUGCAGCUAUGAAGGAAGACCGAUCUGUGGGUGGUACAGAUCUCAACAGGUGGUUAACAAUGGCGCAGUUGGUUUCUGCAAGUUUUGGGGAAACGAGUCUCUCGAUGGAGCGAUGGCAAAUGGCUAAAGAAUUGGAGAGACUUAGAAAGGAGAGGCUCAAGUGAAACUGUGGAAGUGUUUCUUUAGUAGUAGUCACUGGUGGAUGAUUAUUAGAGAAGAAGGGUAAAGAGAUUAAUCUUGUAUUGUCUUUAUAUGGGGUUGGUUGUUUGCUAAUUCUGCGUUGCGUUCUUGUUGUAUAGUAGUUUGGUUUGUUUGAUUUUGUUAUGGAUGAAAAAGGAAAUGAUUUUUUUGCUUGUUUAGGCAAUUGAUUCAAGUUUUUUCA